AUGGACCGCUUGCUUCAGUUCCACAGCCAAUCCGGAGUGGGUUUCAUGAGGGGCUCACCACCGCCAGGUUCAUCCGGAGGCCUGUCACGGUUAACUGCCGUGGUGCCCGUCGCUGCACCCGGUUCGGUGGAGGCGGAAACGGUGACAACUCUAGAGACGUUCUUUGAGGUGGUUGCUACGGUGACUGAGUCUAUCGACCGAGUAAAUGUGUUAAUGUGCGAAAUGUCUAAGAAGCACGAACAAGCCAUGGACACAGUGAACGUGGCAAAGUGUGACGCGAUUAGAAAGGAAGUUGGCGAUUUGGAUGACGAAAUUAACAAUACAAUCCAGAAGGCGUGUAAGGGGGUCGAGGAUAUGGAAAACCUAACGAAGAAACUCAAAGAAACUCCGGAGAUGGAGGGACGGUUUGCGGGAGUUAUUCGUUUAGAGGAGAACCAACGGCGGUUCGUGCUCCAGAAACUCUCGGAGACAAUGGAAGGCCUGCAAAAGCGCCAGCUGGUGGCGGAGAAAAACUACCUCUCGCAGACGGAGCGGCGGAUAAAAAUUGCCUACAGCAAUCCAGACGGAGGCGAGAUGGACGACGAAACAGCCCACCAACUGGCCAUGCAGGUGAUGGAAAAGGGUGCAACAACAGCCAUUUUCCAGCAGAGCAAAGAAGUUCUGGCUCAAAUGCUUGAAACUAGGAGCGACAUCUACCGCAUUGAAAUGUCUAUGCGGUCCCUAAACCGAGUCUUCAGCGACCUGGCAAUCCUUGUAGAGGAGCAGGGAGACCUCAUGAAUGUGAUUAUCAGAAACAUUGACUCGACAAACUUGUACAUGGAGAAAGCCCACAGGGAGCUACAACAGGCACGUGCUUACCAAAGGGCGAGUCGAAGCAAACUGAUGUGUCUUCUGAUGAUUGGGGUUAUAAUCAUUGCUCUUUUUGUUGCCGCUGGUUUGCUAGGGUCGUUAUUGUAA